AUGAAAUCGGUCUGGGAUUCUACAAAGGCUGCUUUUAAUUCUGCUAAAUCUGCUGUAAAAGAUAAUGCAAAGAAACUAGCAACUAAAGUAAAAGAAGCUUCUACUCCAGAAGAUCCUAUGGGUUUCAGAGUUUUAUUAUCUGAAUCGCAAGAACUUAAGAGAGAGGCCAAAACAUGCGCAAACAAAAUUCAAGUCAUCAGGAUAAACAUUCUUAAUGUAGCAAGUACUAUAUACGAUAUUGCAACGAAUACCUCUGAAAUUCUUCAAACCGAAGAAUCUCUUCAAUAUAAGCAAUCAAUUGAUGUUUAUCAUGCAAAUAUGAAGAAACUUGCAGAUGAGCUAUUACCUUUAUACGUGGAAAAGCCUUACGACGAUGUUCUGAAAAUGAUUAAGGAACUCUCCCCAUUAUUCAAAGAAGUUUCAGAUAUUCAUGAUAAAAUAACCCUCAAUAAAGCCAUUAAUAAAGCUCAAUCUGCAAUAUCAGAGAAAAGUGCUCAAAAAUCCAGUGAUAAAAUUGCUGAUUACAAUAAACAACUACAAGAUCUUCACUCUACCAUUACAGAGAAGUUGACACUAAUAGAUACCGAGAUGGCUAAUGCCAAAAGAAAAUCAUUUUUGGCGCUCACAUUCUAUUUUGAGCAAUUUAUUACCGCAUCUGAAAAAAUCGGUCUUACAUCGCAAUAG